CGUCCCCCGCCUCAUACAAAAAAAGUAGGCCACCGGAGUAUCCCGUCUUCUCCGACGCCUUUUCCUCUUACCUGGGAUACCCACGCGCCACGUGUAGUUUCUGACACGUGUCCCUGUGCCCGCACGCCAUUCUCCCCAAACCUCCUCAGGUUUAGCCCAUCUCAUUAGCCGCCCCAUCCCUUCCUACUUCGUAGACAACUAAGCAGAGGCGCAUAAGCUGGAGACGAAGAAGCCUACUGCCGAAACCCAAUCGGAAAGAGAGUGCCGACUGCUGAGAACGCCGCCUGUAGAGAGACGCCGCCGCCGCCGCCGCCGCACCCUCCAGAUUUAAACGAUGCCGUUAGAUAGCCUUUUCGUAAUGCUAAAGUUUGCCGCUAAAGCUUGCCAAACAGGCCCGUGAUUAAGGAAUAUGAAUGCAUGCUAUCUCAACUCUUCUGUUUAAGUUCUCUUCAAAAGCACCGUAGGAGUACAACUUUAUAUCUUCAAAUCUCAAGCAAUGGCCAACCAAUCUGAUGCACAUUCAUCUGCCAUUUCAGCUGCUGAGCUUGAGUUCCUUGCAGAGGAUGAGAUGGUUGAAGUUGUGCCCAACAUGAGAAUGGAGCCCCUCAAUUUGAUCUGUGGAGAUUUUGGUCCUUUUCACCCACAAAUACCUAUACAAGUGCCACUGUGGCUAGCAGUGGCCCUGAAAAAAAGAGGGAAGUGCACUAUCAAACCUCCUGAGUGGAUGUCUAUUGAAAAGUUAACUCAGGUCCUGGAAGCGGAAAGAGAUUUUGAAGGAUUUGAGCCAUUGCCAUUUCAUUAUGUUGAAAUCUCAAGACUUCUUUUUGAUCAUGCCCGUGAGGACAUACAAGAUGUUUAUAUGGUGAGAUCUCUAAUUGAGGAUAUCAAGGAUGUACGUUUCCACAAACUAGGAACUGGCUUAGAAAAAAUAACAGAGCUCUCUCCUGGAGUGAAGCUCAAAAAUGUAUCUGCGAUGGAAACAAACGUGGUGCGCCCGUUUGUGACAAAAGCAUUGGAGACAUUUCAUAAGCUGCACAGUCCGGAUUUGCUACCAGAAUCAGGUGGUGGUUUGCCAAAUAGAGAACGGCGACCUAUGAAUGCCCCAACUAGGGUCACUAAACCCAGAUGAUGGUGAUGAUGAUGAUGAUGAUGAUGUUGUUGUUGUUUCUCUAUGCAAUGUUGCAAGCAUCUCCUUCAACAUGUCUCCCUGAUGAAGAAAAAAAAGAUCUAAGUUGAGCUUAAUUUUGAAUUCGUUGUAUUUUACGUACUAGGGAGUAAUUUUUUUUGUAAGCUAGUUCUAUAACUCAAUGUUUAAAAUGAUAAUUAUAAGUCUGGAAAAAGGUUUAUAUGUACUAUAGCAACUUUUACUUUUU